AUGCCCCCCCUCCCACCCCUCCCACUCCAAUUCCCAUCCCUCGCGGCGCGCAUCCUCCGCCGUCCCACGCCGCCGCGCCAACCACCACUCCGCAACCCCCUCCCCCCCAAAACCAGAACAACAAAACGCCACCCUUACAGCAGCAGCAGCACCAACCCCCCAGCACCACCACCACCCCCAAACCCAAACCCAAACCCAACCCACCAAAAAACCACCCGCCUCCACCGCAUCCUCACCCGCCUGCCCCGCCCCCUGCAGCACUACACCGCCCGGCUGCGCGGCGCCCCCGCAACGCACGUCGUCGCCUUCCUGCUGCUGCACGAGCUGACCGCCGUGGUGCCGCUGGCGGGGCUGUUUGCGCUGUUCCACUACACGGAGCAGGUGCCGGUGGCGUGGAUGGUGGCGCACUAUGGGGGGUAUGUGCGGGAGGGGGUGGGAAGGUUUGAGAGGUGGUUUUGGAGGAGGGGGUGGUUUGGGUUUGGGGAUGCAGGCGAUGCAGGGGUGACGGAUGGGGAGGGUGGCCAGGGGGAGGGUGAGGGGGAGGGUGGAGGGAAGGGGGAGGGUGAGGGAGAGGGUGGAGGGAAGGGGGUGGUGGGCGCUGAUGCGGUGUUGUCGCGGUGGGAGGCGGAUCCGAAGUAUCGUAUUCUUGUGGAGGUUGGGCUGGCGUACGCGUUGACCAAGGUGCUGUUGCCGGUCCGGAUUGUGGCGAGCGUGUGGGCGACGCCGUGGUUUGCUGGGGUGCUGGGGCGGUUGAGGAGGGUUGUGAGGAGGGGGUGA